CUAUUGAAAAACGCCUUGAUGAAAUAAGCGACAAAUUAUCCCGCGUUCUCACAAAAGACGACUCAACCUUCAUAAAAGACAUGAUUAAGGAAACAGUUGAACAAUUAAAAGAAAAGCUUCUUGGAAACGUCAUUCGUCGCAUUGAAAUUCUUGAAAGCGACGUUUUUGAACAAAAGCGGGAAAUUGAAUUACUUAAACAGGAAAACGCAACAAAAACCAAACAAAUUGAAGAUCUCAAACAACAAAAUUCAAACCUAGAAAACAAGAAAGCCGGUGACUCAAUAAAUCACAAAGAGUUUGCGAAUAACACCGAGCAAUAUAGUCGCCGAAAUAACGUUAGAAUUGCCGGUGUUCCAGAAGAUCAAGACCGUCAAUCAUCGGUGGCGGUGACAAAUAAAGUUAUCUCACUCGUAAAUGCACACCUGGGUAUCUCCAUUCACCCCAGUGAUAUAGACAUAGCCCACAGGCUUGGAAAAUAUAAACCCAAUACGAAUCGGCCUGUUAUCGUAAGAUUUGUCAGACGACAAACCAAGAUAGACAUUCUCCGUAAUGCAAAACAAUUCAAAGGGUCUGGCAUCUUUGUGAACGAAGAUCUCACAAAACUAAACGCAGAAGUACUGGCGUCCGUCCGUCUCAAGCAAACUAGCACCGUCCAAAGGGCAUGGUCAUUCGAGGGAAAACUCUUCGCGCUGUUAAAAGUAAAUGAGCAUGCCAAGCAAAUAAACUACUCAGAAUUUAAAGACUGGUUAGACAAGCCGUGGCCGAAAAAGUCAUAUUCCGAAAGCGUCGAAAUUCCCGCUCGAGCAAAAUCGAGAGUUACCUCGAAUAAAUAAUUAAUAGAAUCUAGCUUGUUAAAACUGUGUAUAGAUAAUUUAUUACUCUAAA